CUCAAUAUCGCUUCACAAAAAGAGACUGCAACGCUAGUGUGGACCUGAUAGCAAAACCAAUCGCUUUUUGUAUCGAUCCGCCCAGCCUGAGUUGAAGCAGCAAUGAGUUCAGUUCAGUAUCUGAGAGAGUUCAUCAAGGAGAGAAUAACUGCUGUUUGUGAAGAAAUCUUCUCAGAGGUUCAAAAAACCAUCGUCCAGUAUGAGGAGGAGACCAACCGUCAGCACAGACUGCUGGAUAUCAGCCGGAAACCCGACAGAAACUCACACAUCAUAGACCUCCAACAGCAACAUGUCAUUGAGAAAGAGGAGGUUCUUACAGACCAACAGGUCUGCAUCCAAGAAAGGAACUCCAGUCUGACUGAGGAGGACCCAGAGCCUCCACAGAUUAAAGAGGAACAGGAGGAACUCUGCACCAGUCAGGAGGGAGAGCAGCAUGGACUGAAGCAGGAGACUGAUGCCUUCAUGGUGACAGCCGCUUAUGAGGAAAGUGCACACACUGAAUCAGAAACAAACGGUGAGCAUCUCCUUUCUCACAGCUUUCCUGAAGCAGAGAGCCGAGAUCAGGAAGCAAGCCAGCAUGUGGACUCAGGAUCAACUAGAAAUGCAGAGCUAAAGAAGAGGAGACAUCACAGAAACGGCAGUCACAGUCAGAGAGUAGACAACCCUGCUGUUUCAGAGAGUCAAAGUAAAACUGACACAAGGAAAAAGUCUCUGAAAUGUGACGUCUGUGGAAAACAUUUUCAGUUUAAAUGCCAGCUGAAUGUACAUCUGAGAGUUCACAAAGGCGACAAACCAUAUUCAGGUAGAACCAGUGGUAAGGGGGCUUAUUCUUGUAGCACCUGUGAAAAAAGUUUUCACAACAAAUCCGCCUUGACUGUACAUCUCAGAAUUCACACAGGUGAGAAACCGUAUUCUUGUAGCACCUGUGGGAAACAAUUCCGUCAGAUAUCAGCUUUGAAAAGUCAUGGUAACUGUUACACAGGUGAGAAACCGUAUCCUUGCAGCACUUGUGGUAAAAGAUUUACCUAUAAAUCACACUUUGAGUCUCAUGUAAGGAUUCACACAGGUGAGAAGCCCCAUAUCUGUAACAUCUGUGGGAAAAGAUUCAGUCGGCGUUCACAUUUGUAUUAUCACUUAAAAAUUCAUACAGGUGAGAAGCCGCAUCUUUGCAGCACCUGUGGGAAAGGAUUCAGAGAGAACUAUGAGUUGCAACGUCAUAUAAGAAUUCACACUGGUGAGAAACCGUAUUCCUGUAGCAUCUGUGGGAAAAGAUUCAGUCAUCCCGGACACGCAAAGAGACACAUGAAAAUCCAUACUGAUUAAAGUUUCAUGCUUAGAAAAUGUUGGACAGCUGUGAAUGGUCCUGCCAUUUUUGUUUUUUGUUUUUGUAAAUUAGCCUCGUGGUCAGCACUGACAUAUGGAGGCACUGUUCUUUAUUUACCUGUUGCCAUGGUGAAUUGAGAUAUUGGAGCUCCAUUAAUGAUGGCUUCCUUUCUCUACUCUGAGCUGUUGUAACCAAACACUCAAAGCCUCUUUUGAAAUUAGUAGCUACUUGGAUCAACUUGCCACAACUUGACUGGUUUUCCACUACAAUCUGGUACUGGUAUCUCCAUAAGAUGGCGCCACGUAUGGAUGCCCUGGUACUUCAGUGCGUUACUUCUGUUUUGUUUUUGUGCACAACUUGUGUGUCUGGGCACUCCUCUGGAUAUUCUUACACCAGAAAAGAGCUUCUUAACUACAGAACUACAACACCUGUGGAUUUACUUCCAAUAUUUGUCGCAUCUGCGGCAGAUUUACUACAGACUUUGAUCAGGAAAGUGAGACGCUGAAGGAGAGGAAAGCGAGCCGGCGCACUCGUGCGUCUGAGGAGACGCAGACUGUAAACUGCUCUUCCUGGGAUCUUCCUUUCCAACGUACGCUCACUCCGGAAUAAGAUGGACGAGCUGGCCCUGAUGAGAAGCAUGAACAGAGACUUUGCCUCCUCCUGUGUCUUAUGUUUUACGGAGUUGUGGCUCUGUGAGGACAUCCCGGACUGCGCGCUCAAGUUGGAGGGUUUUCAUCUGCUGUGCACGGAAUGGCAGGCCUCUCUCUUUGGUAAGACCACAGGUGGAGGUGUCUGCUUCUACAUUAAUAGUGGCUGGUGCACAGAUGUAACAGUGAUUGCUCAGCACUGCUCUCCCUCUCUGGAAUACCUUUUUAUUCAUUGCAAACCGUUUUAUUCUCCACGUGAGUUUACCUCAUUCAUCUUGGCCGCUGUUUACAUCCCGCCAGAUGCGGAUGUGCAGGCAGCUUAGUGCGGCCACGCGGAGCAGAUACUGCACAUGGAGCGGACAUUCCCGGACUCUCUCAUUAUUGCUCUUGCGGACUUUAACAAAGCCAAUCUGAGCCAAGUGCUUACCAAAUACAAGCAGUAUAUAGUAGAUCUCAGAAUUAAUCAACUUUUGAACAUGCUUUCUGCAAUAGUUAAGUUUAUCAUCUCAUUAUUAAAAUGUACCAGGAAAACCAUGAUCAUACAUUUUAUGAUGGUUAAGGUUCAGUAUCCUCUUGUUCUGUUUGAUCAUUGUUUAGGUUUAG